CCAGGUUUCACUACUACAUCUAUAGAUGCAAUAGAAUUACAUUACAGCUGGGUAUUUCAAAGUACAUUACCAGAAAUCGUCUAAAGCAUUGAAGCUUUCUACUUUGCAACCAUGUUGGCUCAAAUUGCCAUGGUGCUAUUCCUAUCUAUGCAGAUUACAUUGUCUGAGGAUUCCCCACCACCAUUACAAAGAGAUUACUGCAUCAUUGGUGCUGGACCAUCUGGACUGCAGUUAGGCUAUUUUCUACAGAAAGCUGGCAGAGACUAUGUAAUCUUUGAGCGUGCAAAUACAUCAGGAUCAUUUUUUGUAGAAUAUCCAAGACAUAGAACAUUAAUUAGCAUCAAUAAAAGGAAUACCGGGAAAACCAACAAAGAAUUCAAUAUGCGGCAUGAUUGGAAUUCACUGCUGAGUGAUGAUGAAAGUCUACAGAUAAGACACUAUUCAAGGGAGUUUUUCCCGCAUGCUGAUGUGAUGUUGAAAUAUCUUAACGACUACACAGAAAAACUUAAUAUCAAAGUCCAGUACAAUACCAACAUUGUCAAUAUCAAAAAGCCACCAAAUAAAUCUGCAGAACACAAAUCAGGUUUUCACCUCACUGAUCAAGUUGACAACAGAUAUGAAUGCAAAACCUUAAUUGUUAGUACCGGAUUAUCCACUCCAAAUGAGCCUCCAUUUAAUGGAUCUGAGUUUACAGUAGGAUAUAAAGACAUGUCAUUGAAUAAAGAAGACUAUGAAGGCAAGACAGUAUUGAUUCUUGGUAAAGGAAAUUCAGCAUUUGAAACUGCUGAUCAUAUCAUGGGAAAUACCAAUCUUAUUCACAUGGUAGCACGCACACGAGUCAGAUUAUCAUGGGAGACACAUUAUGUGGGAGAUUUGAGAGCUAUAAACAAUGGUUUGUUAGAUACCUACCAGUUGAAAUCACUUGAUGGUAUUCUAGAAGCUCCUCUGGAAGAAGUAAAAUUGGUAAAAAAAGAUGGCAAGAUAUAUGUUGAUCUAAUUGAUGCUGAUCUGCUUGAAACCAACUCCACAUACCUUGAAACAGAAGCAAUUGAUAAUUUUGCUGCUAGAGAACCGUAUGAUGUAAUCAUUAGGUGUCUUGGGUUUAUGUUUGACUUCAGCAUAUUUGAUGAGAGUGUUCCAGUUAUACCAGGUACUGUCAGACGGCAGAAAAAAUAUCCCCUAAUCAAUGAUAAUUACGAAGCUGUGAAUAUACCAGGGCUAUUUUUUGCUGGCACAAACACACACUCCUUGGACUUCAGGAAAUCAGCUGGGGGAUUUAUACAUGGUUUCAGAUAUACAGCUCGAGCACUUAGCAAAAUAUUAGAAUUUCGCAACCAUCAAGUUCCUUGGCCUUCCGUUGCCCAGCCGACA